AUCUCUUCUUCUGACUCCACGGUGCUGCUCAUUUCGUGGCAAACUGCUUUGUAUCACGAGCACCAGAAGUCGCUUAUAUGAACGCUGCACACCCAAUCGACGUCCCUUCGUUUGGGGCGUCUCUCUUUAAUUUAAACGCUUUGAAUGAUAUUUCACCUAGAGUGCUAUGGUUUACCUCAAACUUCCAACUGCAGGUCACCACAUUUGGUACCAUGUGUUGCCUGUGUUUCGUCUUAUCACGGCUUUACAGUAGUCGCAAGGUUUUCCCCGGCCCUCCAGGACUACCUCUGAUAGGUCAUAUUUUUGAGGUUCCCACUAUCAAAACUUGGUUGUACUUCGAACGGCUUGCGGCAAAGUAUGGUCCAUUGGUCAGGCUAUCUUUGGCUGGUGACGAAAUGCUCAUACUCAGUAAUGCAUCCGAUGCUGAAGAGCUUCUAGGCCGUCGGUCACACAACUAUUCGUCACGAAAGCCACUGAUCUAUGCGGGAAAGUAUCAGUCGAAAAACAAGAGGAUGGUAUUACUCCCGUAUGGCGAAACUUUGAAAAAGUAUCGCGCUGCAUUUCACCAGAUGCUUCAACCUAGGGUCGUUGGUGGAUACGAGCCGAUGCAAGAGCUAGAGUCUUCCAAGUUUUUGAUGGAUCUCCUGGAUCAGCCUUCGACAAUUGGCCGUCAUUGCAGACGCUUCGCAGCUUCUCUGGUGUUUACACUCAGUUACGGCAAGCGGCUCGAAGAUGACGAUAGCGAUUUAACCGCCGUCCUUGAUAUUUUGGCCAAUUUCACAAAAGAUACAUAUCCUGGAUCCCAUUUAGUAGAUACGUUUCCCCUGUUGGAUUACCUGCCAGAUUUUCUUUCGCCAUGGCGGGCAGAGGCAUCACGAAAGCAUAAAGACGAGAUGAAACUUUACAAUCGUCUUGCACUGGAAGUAAAAGCGCAGAUGGAUGAUGGAAACUCCGAAUUGGAAUGUUUUGCUGCCAGACUCUGGGAUCAACAACAGAAAAUGAACCUCGAUUUGGUAGACAUAUCUUAUGUGGCUGGGACCGCUUUUGAAGCUGGAACUGAUACUACAGCUAGCACAGUGCAGUGGUUUACCAUGGCGAUGGUGUUAUAUCCUGAAGCUCAAAAGAGAGCACAAGAAGAAUUGGAUAAUGUCCUUGGAUCCGACGGAAAAACGAUGCCAGGUUAUGAACACCUGUCGCAGCUCCCAUAUUGUGUUGCACUCACCAAAGAAGUUUUCCGAUGGGCGCCUGCAGCACCAGGAGGGUUUCCUCACUAUUCAGAUACAGACGAUGAAUAUAAUGGUCAUCACAUAAAACGAGGCACGAUGGUCAUCCCGUGCAUAUGGAAUAUGCAUCACAACGAAACCGAAUUCAAAAACUCUUACGACUUCAUGCCUGAGCGGUUCGAGACCACAGCGGCUGGGAGCGAAUCAAUAACAGAAGGGCAUUAUGGCUUCGGCUUUGGGCGCCGAAAAUGUCCCGGACAAUACCUUGCUUCCAAAUCAAUAUGGAUCGGAUUGACGCGCGUUUUAUGGGGCUUCAAUAUUCGCCCUGAGCUAUCUGAAGAUGGGAAGCCUAUUUCUGUCGGUCCAGACAACUGUACCUCAGGUAUGACAUCCCGGCCAAUCGAUUUCCCGGUUUCAAUCACUCCUCGGUCUGUUGUCCAUGCAGAAACGAUCAGAAGAACGUGGGAGGGAUAUGGAGCGUGAGCGGUACUAGUGGUGAUGCUGAUGGCCAUGCAUGUUGCACUUUCUGUAUUUGUACAUUAUUUACAUUUUCAAUUCUCAUGCAAUAGAGUCGUCCUCGGGGAGGGCAGUUGC